AUGCUAGAUUCCCCGGAUAAGAUCCGAUUUUUCCGGGAAAGAUUCGAUUGCAUAGGCCGCGAGGGCAAUUGGUCCCACUACGUCUCGCCGCGGCUGCUGCCGUGGCCGGACGAGAUGAGCAAAUGCGACGUGGGACACUUGAAAAAGAGCACCCGUCAUGUGGCGUUUCAAGACGCGGAUCGCAUGGUGGGACAGUUUCAGGAGGUUGUGACUCAGAUAGCGGAGAUUAGUAAGAUGGGGAGAGGGGCGCCGCUGCAUUUGCUCAAUCAGUUGAGGCAGCUGAAGAGACGGAGGGACGAGCUGAUUCGCCAGUGGACUGUACGAGAUACUCUCAAGUACUUUUGGCUGGUUCCAGGAAGCAGCAUGGACGGCCAGGAUGGAGCAGCGGCAUCAGAUGGUAGUAGUACCAACGCCAGCAGCUGCGCCGGGCCUUGGGAAUGGUUCGACCCGGCAAAGUUCUGCAGAAUUCUCGACAAGCGAAGCGUGCUUAUAGUGGGUGACUCAAUAAACAUGCUUCUAGCCGACGCCAUCCGGUUCAACGUCAGACUGGGUGCCAAGGACUGGGACUCCCGGGUGCAAUGGGGUGAGCCAACAGGCUACUGCCAGCGAUACCGAAAUGCUACUAAAGAGCCCGCAGACAAGCGUUGCUGGACCCUUCAUCUCUGUGCAGACCUCGGCUUUUCCGUCCGGGUUUUCUUUGUUCGGGAUUAUUACCUCAACUCCACGGAAGCGGAGAAUGAUUUCAUGGUGGAUAAGAGUUUUGGGGAGACUUGGAUGGAUGAGAUAGCAGCGCAGGGCGUGUCGGUAGUGGUGAUGAAUCGAGGGGCUCAUUUUAUUGCAGAUGAGCAGUUUGAGCGGCAAAUGAAAUCCACUCUGCUGGCCCUCCGGAAGAGCUACCCUGAUCUGCUCAUUAUCGUUCGAAACACCCCUGCCGGCCACCCCCACUGCUGGCUGCACCGGAAGCCGCUUUCCGGGAAGCUUCUGGACCUGCCGCAUGAUGACUGGCAUUGGGACGGGUUUGCGGCGCAGAAUGAGAUUUUAAAGAAUCUGACGGAGGGCGUGGGAGGGGUGUACAUGGAUGUGAAUGCGUCGGCGGUGUGGCGGGCUGAUGGGCAUGUGGGCCGGUGGGACUGCCUCCAUUAUUGCCACCCAGGGCCAGUGGACACGUGGGUGGCACAAGACGUGCACGUCGCCCCUGAGGUGGAGGAGUGGGUGAACCCACUGUUCGCCACAACCGCGGAGGAUGAGGAGGCGGCAAAGGCUGCGGAUGCUGAGGAUGCCGGGGACCUGGAGGAGGAGGAGGAGGAGGAGGAGGAGGAGGAGGAGGAGGAGGAGGAGGAGGAGGAGGAGGAGGAGGAGGAGGAGGAGGAGGAGGAGGAGGAGGAGGACGAGGACGACGACGACGACGACGACGAUGUGGCUGACGAGGAAGAGGAGGCGGAGGGUGGGCUGGAGGAGGACGCGAACGCUAAGUGCUUGAUGGAAUCUAACAUGACCAAGCCGUAG